AUGUGCUUCUUUAUAUUCUCCGUUCCAAUACUUGUCAUCGCCACCAUUGUGUUUUCAUCCAGAUCCAUAUCAUUAUAUCGCUGGUUGCGCCCUAAGCUUGCAACUUUCAAUUACACUUUUGAAGCUUAUGUUGAUAUUACUGAAAGUGUGCCAUACCCCCGCUACCCGUGGAACUAUAAUUCAAUGGAUGAAUAUUUUGCUUUGGAAAGGGAUGAUACUCAGAAGAAGGAGUAUGAUUUGGAUAUGCUUGAAAGGCGUAAGAAGGACAUUUUUAUAAAUGUUUUGAUCAAUCCGACUUUUACGGUUGGUUAUCUACCUUAA